AUGACUAAACAAGAUUUACAAAAAGAACUAUUAGAAAAAGUAAAAGAAGGCAUAAAACCUAGUGAUUUAAAGAGACAAAAGAACAACCAAGAUGAAGGCUAUGACAGUGAUAAUAACAAUUCUAUUCCUACUCCUCCCCCACCUCCACCAAUUACAGGUCAAGAGAAAGAAACAAGCAAAAAUCCCUCUAAUUCUAGUGAUUUGCCCUCCCCUAUAUCCAUAAAGGAAAAAGAUAAAGAGAUUAAGAAACUUCAAGAGGAAAUAGAAGAGUUAAAAAAAUUAAAAUCAGGAGCAAUAAAUAAGGAAUUAGAACAAGCCCUAAUUGAAGCCAACCAAAAGAUAAGGGAAUUAGAAACAGAAAGAAAUAAUUGGACUAAUACUUUUCCAGGAAAAACACCCGCCGAAGUAUUAGCCGAAUUAAACAAAAAACAAGCGGGUACAGACCAAAAUAAAAAAGAGCUAGAUGAUUUAAAAGAUAAAUUAACAAAAAAACCGACUACUGGAAUUUCUGAUGUUGAUAAAAAAAGGCUAUUAAAUUACUCCAACCUAGAAACUAGACUAAAUACUGCCAUUGCUAAUCUUACCAAGGAGCAAAGCAAAAAUAAAGGAUUAAGUGAGGAUAAUACUUUAUUAAGAAGUCAGGUAGGCACGCCAUUAGAAAAUAUGGUAGAAACUAAAUUGAAAGAGGUAAUUAUAGCCGAGGAGUGA